GAAGCUACAGCCUCUUUGUUUCACAUGACUGACGUUCCUCGAUUAGAUUUCUAGCCUUUUAACAUUUCAGUCUUUAUGUUAUUACAACCAACGUCUCCUCAAAUUUAAAGCGCGGCUCCAAGCGCUCUCUCUGCGGCAAUCCGCGAACAGAAGCGCUGUUCUCCGGAAGGCCAUUCUCGCGAGAUCAACUCACGCGGGAUUUCCGUACGUCCAGAAUGCUUAGCGCGAAGCGGAAAAUGACUUCGGCUCAGGCUCCGUGACUGCGGGAGUUUGGCCGGAAGCUUGUGCGGAAGGACUGUCUCCGGCUGGUUCUGCGCGGAAGAUGGCGGUGCCCGAGCCGUCGAUGCCGCUGUCGCGAGGCGGCCCAGGUUCCGCUUCGCUCUCUCCGCCCCGAGGCGACCGCACCCUCCUCGUCCGGCACCUGCCGGCGGAGCUGACGGCUGAAGAGAAGGAGGACUUACUGAAGUACUUCGGGGCGCAGUCCGUGCGCGUCCUGUCAGAUAAGGGACGCCUGAAACAUACAGCAUUUGCUACUUUCCCUAAUGAAAAAGCAGCUAUAAAGGCGUUGACAAGACUCCAUCAGCUGAAACUUUUAGGUCAUACUUUAGUUGUUGAAUUUGCAAAAGAGCAAGAUCGAGUUCAUUCGCCAUGUCCCACCUCAAACACAGAGAAAAAGAAAAGGUUGGAUGACACUGUGGAAAAUGAUAAAGAGAAGAAAGAGCCUGACAUCUUAACAGUAGAAAAUGGAAUUGCACCAAACCACGGACUGACUUUUCCUCUAAAUUCGUGCCUCAAAUACAUGUAUCCACCACCUUCAAGCACAAUCCUUGCAAAUAUAGUAAAUGCUCUGGCAAGUGUCCCUAAAUUCUAUGUCCAGGUGCUUCAUCUUAUGAAUAAAAUGAAUUUGCCCACACCGUUUGGACCGAUUACUGCACGACCUCCUAUGUAUGAGGACUAUGUGCAGUUGCAUGCACCCCUUCCACCUACAUCACCUCAACCGCCCGAGGAGCCUCCCUUACCAGAUGAGGAUGAGGAUUUAUCUAGUAAAGAAUCAGAAUACGAAAGCAGUGAUGAGGAGGACCGACAGAGAAUGAACAAACUGAUGGAGCUAGCAAAUUUUCAGCCCAAAAUACCCAAAACAGUAAAGCCACGCCACGUGAGAAAAAAGCAGAAAAUAAAGGACAUGUUAACUCUACCUUCACCAGCUUCCCAAAGUUUGCAUCCUGUGCUGUUACCUUCGGAUGUAUUUGACCAACCACAACAUGUAGGUAAUAAAAAAAUCGAAUUCAAUAUAUCGACCAACAUGCCUGCAGCAUUAAACAAAGAUUUGGAGACAGAACAAAAUAAUGAGGAAAAAAAUUCUGAUUCACCAGACACUGGCCUUGAUGAUUCAAAUACAGGAUUUGGAAAACUCUUCCCCAAACCUAAUGUGAACAUCACAGAAGAGAUUAAAGAGGACUCUGAUGAAAUGCCCUCACAGUUUAUUUCUCGAAGAGAGUUGGAAAAGGGUCGUAUUUCCAGAGAAGAAAUGGAAACUCUUUCAGUUUUCAGAAGUUAUGAACCUGGUGAGCCAAACUGCAGAAUUUAUGUCAAGAAUUUAGCUAGACACGUUCAGGAAAAGGACCUUAAAUUUAUCUUUGGGAGAUAUGUUGACUUCUCUUCAGAAACACAGCGGAUCAUGUUUGAUAUUCGCUUAAUGAAAGAAGGACGCAUGAAGGGACAAGCUUUUGUAGGACUUCCAAAUGAAAAAGCAGCAGCCAAAGCCUUGAAAGAAGCUAAUGGCUAUGUUCUAUUCGGGAAGCCCAUGGUGGUUCAGUUUGCUCGAUCUGCUAGACCAAAACAUGAUUCUAAAGAAGGAAAACGGAAGUGAUACAGACAAUAAAGGUAAGUGUGGAUAAGACAUUCAGUGAUAAGACAUUUUCUUGGAGUAAAUGUAAGGAAAUAUAAAAAUAAUACAGGUUACUAAUUCAGAUAUUUUAUGAGUUUAAGAAAAUUUCUGUAUACUAUUCAUUCUCAUUAAUGUCAAAAUUAUAACUAGCUUAAAGUAAGCUUGUGUGUAACAAUUUUUGAGGAUUUUAUAAAGAAUAUUGGUCAUUAUUUUAUGUUUUCUGCACAAUGAUGUUUUUAAUAUCUAAUCUGUGUUGUAAUCACUUGGAGAACUUGAUAAAAACAGAUUGCUGACCCUUCCCUUCAAGAGUUUCUGAAUCAGUAAUUCUGAGGUGGGUGACCAGUAAUCCCAUUUAUCCUGUCAGUAAGGGAUUUGUCAUGCAGUAAUUGCAAGUAUUGCAAGGAACAGUAUCUGGCAAGCCAGAGCUGGCUGCGUAUCCUGGCACCUGACCAGUCGUACAGUCAUUGAGAUCACAGGGUAACACUGGGGUGUUUUGUCCAAGGUGCACAUUUUCAGAACUGAAGCAAACAGUUACUAAAGUACUGUGUAUUUCAUCCCAUAUAUUAUUAACAUUUUACAAAAUAUGAUUCUGAAGUAUUUUGUUUAAAACAGGUAGUUUCGGUACUUAAGUGAAUGAAUGAUUUUAAAUAGUGGAAUUGAAUAAUAUUUUAAAUUAUUAACUUGUUACUUAGAAAAAAAUCAGACAAAAGAAUAGUUUCUGAAUAUUUGAGAGGUGGAGGAUAGUUAGAGAUAACUUACUUUUAGUUAUUCUACUCUUAGAGUCUGAAGAACACGAAAAUCAUUAGUCAAAAUUGCUAUUUAGCUGGAAAAAGCCUAUUAAAAUAGAAAUAUUUGCUUACCAUUUAAUCUUUGUAAAUUUCUUGGAAUAUUUAAGUUUACUGUCAAGAGACUCAGAUGUCUCAAAAUGCUAUACAGAUAAAAAAUGAAGAAUUUCAGUCUGUAUUUUAGUAAAUUGUUUAUAAAUCUGUUGCUAAAGAUUAGAAAAAAAUAAACCACAUUCUGCUGUUCUUCCUUAGAAGCAUUCCUGCGUAAAUACUGCUGUAGCACUGUCAUACAAGCGUAUCCUUUCUUGUCGUAUCCUUUUGGAGCAGUGGCUUUGUUUUCUUUCAUUUUGUUUUCUAGAAAUGUUUGGUCUACCUUCUAUCAUUUAUCCAGAUUAAGUAUUUUUUUACUUUAUUUAAAUGAAACAUUUCUCAAAUAGUUUUGUUUCCUGGACAAAUAUUUUCUCUAUUUUAAAUUCCAUGGUUAAUUUUCUGUGCUAUCAUAUAAGUCAAUGAGUUUUUACCAGGGAAAGUUAGUGAAUCAGGUCACUUAUUAUAUACAAUUGCUUGACCACGGAAUAUGGUAAUAUUUCUUAUAUAUGUUAAUUUCUUCAACCUAAUUCAGGAACAUGCUUCCUGUUUUGUGUUAUCCCAUUUAGGUGUUGUUCUAGUUUCAUUUUUGUGGCUGGGACAAAUACCCUGACAAAAAGUGACUUAGUGAAGAAGAAGGGAAUUAUUUGCUUUUCAAUUUAAAGUUCAUUAUUGUAGAGAAGUCAAGGCAUGAAUCUAAAGUGUAAUAUCCACAGUCAAGAGCAGAGAGAAUAAAGCUAUAGCUUGCCUAGUGUAAGCUAGCUUUUCCUUUUGUACGUUCUUCACGGUCCCCUUUCCUAAGCAAUGGUGCUACCCACAAUUGGUUGGAUAUUACAUCGGUGAACAGUCAAGACUAUGUUAUGUGCUCAUACCAACAUAGUCUAGAUAGUGCUUUAUUAAGACUUUUCCCAGGUAAUCUAAUAUGUCAAG